ACUGGGGAAGGGAGAAGAGGCCUGAACCUGGAACAGGACCUGGAUCAAAUGGUAAGGGGAGCCAUGUAGUCCUCUUGGAAACCAGUCAUGAUUCCUUUGCCAGGUGGUGGUGCUGUGACCAUCAAGACAGAAGCACAGUCUGAGGACGAAUCUGAGCAGCAGCUUCUGGAGUCCCUGAGCCAGUCCAUGUAUAGAGCCCACAAAAGGCCCAGGACUAGAGGCCCCAGACGGCAUCAUGCCCAGGGAGUGCCUAGGGUACUGAUUAGGAAACCCCAGGCCGCAGAGGCUAGGGAGGAGCCACCCCAUAUCCUUCCUCGACAACGACAACGGGAGCGGGCAUUCUCAUGCCCUGACUGUGGGGAGAGCUUCCGCUUGAAGAUUAAUCUGACAAUCCAUCAGCGGACCCAUGUAGAAGCGGAGGAACACAGGGAGGUUUGGAGUGAUCUGCCUGUUGGGUCAGGGGAAAGCCACUCCACACUGGAACCAGGGGAGGUGGUGGUGCCUGGUCCUGUCAUCAGCUGGCUACCUAAGGAGCCCACAAGCCACCGUUCCCUGGCAGGCAGUGCUUUCAUGGGACAAAGGUCAACAGCUAAGGUUUACCACUGUAGUGAAUGCCUGCUCUCCUUCCAGCGACGGAAGACCCUGAUACUGCACCAGCAUCAGCACACAGGCAACAAGCAGGGCUGGCCUGCCUGUCCCUACUGUGGCAAGGCCUUCCGCCGGCCCUCGGACCUCUUUCGUCACCAGCGUAUCCACACUGGCGAACGUCCCUAUCAGUGCCCUGAGUGUGGCCGGGCCUUCAACAGGAACCACCACCUGACUGUUCACAUGCAGACCCACUCAUGAGGGUGGGAGGACCUGCUUAGUGUAGACCUGUUUUGGGGGCUUGGCUGCUGUUCUGAAGCAGAGGCUCAGGUGUGGCAGUUGCAUCCUUUACUACUUUUUCUAGGAGUUGUGAGGGAAAUGGAAGCUAGGAAUGGGUCACUCCUCUCAGGUCUCAGGGUUGGUAGUGUGUUUGACCCUUUGUGA